UUUAAAUUGAAAAUUCGCGCCAAAUUGCUUCAAUCUUCAUCUCACUCUUCACAGCUUUCACGAACAAAGAAUAUAGGAGAAAGGAAAAGAGAUCUCUUUUCCUCUGAUAAAUCUUCAGGAAAUUUCAAGGGUUUUCAUUGAGGUUUGAUCAAUUACGUAGAGAAUAUGCAGCUUUCGACGGAAUUUCCGACCAACUUGACUGAUAAAAACGAUACAGUUUAGAAUUGAAAUCUCAGAAAAUCAACUGAAAUGAGAUGCAAUGCAUGCUGGCGUGAACUUGAAGGGCGAGCCGUUUCCACCAAGUGUGGUCACCUCUUGUGCAACGAAGAUGCGAGCAAGAUCCUUAGCAAUGAUGCAGCAUGUCCCAUUUGUGAUGAAGUUCUCUCUAAGAGCCUCAUGAAACCUGUGGAUAUCAACCCAAAUGAUGAAUGGAUAAACAUGGCAAUGGCUGGUAUUUCUCCACAGAUAUUAAUGAAGAGUGCAUACAGAAGUGUGAUGUUUUACGUUGGGCAAAAGGAUCUAGAAAUGCAGUACAAGAUGAACAAAAUUGUAGCUCAGUGCCGGCAGAAAUGUGAGGCAAUGCAAGAAAAGUUCUCAGAGAAACUGGAGCAGGUGCAUACUGCAUAUCAGAAAAUGGCCAAAAGGUGUCAGAUGAUGGAACAGGAAAAUCAGAGUUUGUCAAAAGAUAAGCUAGAGCUCCAAGAGAAGUUCUCUGAGAAAUCCAGACAGAAGAGAAAACUUGAUGAAAUGUAUGAUCAAUUGAGGAGUGAGUACGAGUCACUGAAACGGUCAGCAAUCCAACCUUCAAAAAAUUUCUAUGCCCGAAAUGAGCCUGAUUUAUUCUCAAAUCCAGCAGCUAACGUGGUGGAUAGCAGAGAGCCUAUUCGAAAAGAUUGGUCGAUUUUUUCACCCGGAACUCCAGGGCCCCGAGAAUACAUAUGGCCAGUAAAACAAACUAGUUCAAACUCCAGUCCUUUUGACAUUUCAAGUGACUCACCAUCAAAACCAGCAGCCAUUCCUGGUGAUGUUGGAAACAGAAGGGCUACUGGCCACCCUGGUGGUUUCGAACCAACUGCUGCUGCUAAUCCUUCAACGAUUUUAAGGAACUUUAUAAUCUCUCCUAUAAAGCGGCCACAGCCCUCUCGUAACCGCACUAAUCUCUUUACGUAAGCAAGCAAAAAGUAUAUAUAGGUUGUAGACUCCCAAAUCUUGGGCUUUAUCAUCGGCUAAGAACAAAAGAAUGAACUAAAACAACAGCUGAUUGCAUGUAAGACUCACAAAAUCACAGGUACUGUACUGUUUCUUUUUACCUUUCUAGAGUUGCAUGAUACCCUUUGUGUGGAUGAAGCGUAGCUGUUAAAGUAAAAGACAAAGAUAGAAAUUUGAUAGACAAUUAGUGGUUAAAGAAAUUUCAUUUUCUUCUCUUAGAUGGUAAGAAAGAGGGUUUCAAUUAAGCCAAGCUUUUAACUCUUGCAAAUAAUGUAUAUAUCAAUGUUGUGAGGGAAAAUGCGCAGUGAAUAAUGAAAACAUAGAUUAAUAUAUAUUUCAUGAUAAUCGUAUUUAAAAUA